UUAUGUGUUGUCAUGGCGUCGAACUAAUCAACCAAUAGCAUUGAAGCUUACAACUGGAUUUGGGCAUUGUAAAUUUCAGCUCAUAAAUCGCGUCAGUGUACAGAGAGUAUUUUGUGCGUCUUUGAAUAUACUUAUCGAUAUAAUUAAUUAUAAAUAAAUAUAAGAUUUAAGUGAUAUUUAAAGUGAUAAAAACAAUUAAAUUAUAAGAUAAUUAAAUUAUAGGUGAAAAAAAAUGUAUUUAACUUCGUUUAUCACGUGACCAAACCGAAGAAUGGCGCAAACAUCGGAAAAUAAACAUGAUAUUAUCAUUUUUAAUGCACUUGUGUCAUCUGUAUUUGUAUACAAUCAUUUCAAAUCAUAGUUCGGCCCCACGUGUGUUCAUCUGAUUCUGACAGCCUCCAAAAAUGUCUGCCAGAGGAGUGAAAAAACGUGGAAGGCCACCAAAAGUGGCUGUAGCAGAUCGAACAAAAAAGUUUCAAUAUCAUUUAAUGAAAAAACCUAAAUAUUUAUUAAAUAAAGGUUCAGAUUCACAAACUAGUACUCCGACAGUUUCGAGAACGUCUUCUCCUCAAGGUAGUGAGGGCAGUCGUCGAAGUAGUACACGAAUUCGAGGUCGAGAUAAAGGUAAUCGUCGAGGUGGGCUAGCUGGAAGUCAGUAUCAUCGACGUGGCUAUAAUCCAAAUGUUGAGAAUCAUGAUUCGGAGUAUCAUUAUGGCUCAGAUUUCGGAGAUGAGUCUAGUGAUAAUAAGAGUGAUGUUGAAAAUGAGUUAGAAUUAAGUCAUAGCGAAUCCGAGGCAAGUGUAGUCGAUGAUCCUUCGAGUGACAGUGAUUUUUCACUUAGUUCAUUCAGUACGAUGAGUGGAACCCCUCGAAGGGCUGACGGACGUUCUUAUGGAAGAGCACCAACUCCAGAACCUCUAUGGUUACAAAAUAUAGAAAUUCCACCGUUAGAUCUACCUCGUUCUUCCGAUGAUCUGCUGAUACCUCGAGACCUAAUUAUGCAAACGCUAAGUGUUUAUGAAGUGUUAAGACAUUUUAGAAAUUUAGUCCGAUUAUCUCCAUUCCGUUUAGAAGAUUUUUGUGCGGCCCUUACAUGCGAGGAUCAAAGUAGUUUAUUAGCCGAAAUUCAUAUAAUGUUAUUAAAAGCGAUUUUACGUGAAGAAGAUUCACAACAGACGCAUUUUGGUCCUUUGGACCAGAAAGAUAGUGUGAAUGUAUCGUUGUUUUUGAUCGAUUAUAUUACGUGGCCUGAAGUUUUACGAUCGUAUGUGGAAAGUGAUAAAAAUUUUGAUCAGGACAUUUUAAAUAUAUUGAGUUCAUGUGAAUACCCGUUUUGUCAGGUUGAAGAUCGUUUAAAAGUGUUAAAAUUUUUGACAGAUCUUUUUCUAACUACAAACCCAGUUCGUGAUGAUUUAUUAAAUGAAGUACCGAUUCAUUAUGACGAUCACUGUCGAGUAUGCCAUAAACUUGGCGACUUAUUAUGCUGUGAAACAUGCCCGGCCGUAUUUCAUCUGGAAUGUGUGGAUCCGCCAUUGGUUGAUGUUCCUGAAGAAGAUUGGCAAUGUUCCAUAUGUAAAGCCCACAAAGUGAGCGGUGUUGUCGAUUGUGUUAUUGAUCACGAAAAACAAGGAUUACUAUGUCGACAAGAAAUUCUCGGAUAUGAUAGGCAUGGUCGUAAAUAUUGGUUUCUAGCCAGGCGUAUAUUUGUAGAGGGAACGGAUGAUGUAUCGUACUAUACAACUCCCACACAAUUCGAUGAAUUACUAGAUGUCUUGGAUCAUACCGGAAUGGAAGCGUCAUUAUGGCGUGAAAUAUCUGAAUACAAAGAAGAAAUCGUUCGACAAAUGGAAUUAACUGAAAAGCUUACAGCUCAAGCUAAAGGAAAUCGAAAAUCAUAUUUGGAUGUAGAAAAUGCGUUGAUUUUGAAAGAACGUAAAGAUCGUGAAGAACAGAAGAAAAAGGCUGUUGAAGAGGCGCAAAGAGAGAAACAACGGCAGGCAGCUGAAGAUAUGGUAGCGAAAAUGCACGAUGAAGGGAAUACUGAAUCAGAUCUAGGUGGAUCUGCAGUAGAGCAGACUACUACAGUAACAACUGUUGAAAAAACGGCUACAACCGUAACCACGAGUGAUUCUACUGCAUCGGUAACGGAAGUAGUCACUACUUCAACGACUACAACAACGACGACCACAGUAAAUAAAUCAUCGGAAAACGAAGAUAAAUGCCAACCUGAAGAUAUGGAAAUCGAAGAAUUUGAUGAUAAUAACAAAAAUAUUCAAACACGAUCUAAAACCGGGUCGUUAACACCACGCUCAAUAGCUUCUGGUGGUACUACAAUCGAUGAAUCUAAACGACGUACGAGCACUGUAACACCUGGUGGGGCUAAAGAUGAUAUUCUUCAACAACAGCUAGAUAAAAUCGAUACACCUGAUUCCUCACGAAUGACCCGAUUAAAAACAAGUCAAAUUGCGAAUGGAACAUACCUAUUUAAAUUGGGUAUGGAAAAUUUGUACAAGAAUUAUUCAAAUCAGUACACGACAAACAUAAUUGCGUUAAAUAAACCGCAACGUAAUGAAGAACGUGAUAAAAAACGACAUUUAUCUCAUAAAUUUUCUCUAACGGCUGCAUCUGAGUUUAAAUGGAUUGGACCAUUAAAUGGACCCAGAGCACUAUUAGUUAAUACACUUCGACAAACAAUGCUACAAAUGGAAUCGUCAAUUCCGGCUCCGUUUAUGCAUCCAAAUUGGCCGUUACUACGUAAACCAUGGGUUUCCGCUGUUGGUGCUUGUAUUAACGCACGUGAUUUCGCACGAGCGUUGAUUGUCCUUCAAGCGUGUAUCAAACCAGUGGUAUUCGCUAACGUUUGGCAUGAACAAUUAGGACAUGUUAAAUUAUAUCGUGUCACAGCUGCGGAACGCGAAGAACGCAAAAAAAUUGAUAAACGUGAAAAGAAGGAAAAAGAGGAGGAAGAAGAACGUAAUCGAAUUACAUGUAAUUUCGUCAAGUACACUUUAGGGUUAAAACAUCAAGUGUGGAAGCAAAAAGGUGAAGAAUAUCGUGUGCACGGUCAGUGGGGUUGGAUUUGGAUGGCAGUGAAUCGUAAAGUGCGAUCGGUUGAUGCAAACACGUUGGGCUUAGCGAGUGGACCACAGAAAAUGAUGGUACAAAUAAAAGAUGGUGCUAAUUUAAAAAUUUUAGCUGUGGAUCCAAACACGUAUAAAUACUUAAAAUCAACUUUUGCUAAAGAAAAUAAAGAUAGUAAUUCGGAAACUUCGAAUGAAGAUGACGUGAAGAAAGAUGAAGAAAAUAGUGAAAAUGAUAAAGUUAAAAAAGAAAAUGACACAUUGAAAAAUUUAAGACUUGUUCAACAAGUUGAAGAAUUCGAAGAAUUAGACGUAAAGAAGGCGUUAACGACCCCAGGUCGUUUAUUGUACCCAAAAAUUGCAAAACGUUCCCGGUUAGAUGAUUUUCUAAGUAGACGAACACAUUUGAAAAUUAUUGAAGAACGAAAAGCCGCUAUGCAGGCGAAUUUGGUGAAUAAUUCAAAUUUCGUCGAUAUUAAACCUACAAGCGAAGAUUUUAACGUUGACAUUGAAAGUGAUUCAAACGAUAUGGACACAAACAUCACUGGAGUACCUCAAAUUGCUGCAAGUAAUCCUAAUAGUACAAUAUCCAGGGAAAUAAUGGCAAGUUUAACGAAAAAAAUUCAAACAUAUCGAAUUCAGUAUCAAGCAAUAUCAAAAAUUGGAAAAGAUUUCCAAUGUUACUCCAAGGGAUGUAAUUCUAACAGUGGAGCACUAGGUACAACUGAAAGUUCGAGUUGUUAUUCCCCAAUGUGUUUGCAAAAAGCUCGUGUUCGAAAAGAAUUACUAGCAUUGUUACGACGUGUAAAUAGCCAAUCAAAUAUUGUAAGCCCAUUGAACAAAAAACCACUGACACAAUCUCCACUAACACCUGGUGCACCAACAUCGGCAUCAACACAUCAAUCAUUAUCACAGGCAUCGCAGUCAAUUCUUGAACAGAAAUUAACUAGUCCGAUGAGUCAAGAAAAAAUGAAUGCAGCUAUUCGUCGCGAUUUAGAAAGUGCAGUCGCAUCGGCUACGGAAUGCACCGAAGAUAACUUAAAAAAUAACGUGUUUGUUCCGAAAAAGGUGGAAGAGAUUAAAGUUGAAGUGAAAAAUGAAAAUCCCGAAGAAGAGAAAAAAAUUGAAAUAAAAAAAGAAGAUGAAAAAUGUGAUGAUACAACUCCCAUCGAUAUGGAAGUUGAUGAUACCAUUAAUGUGGAUACAAUUAAAGAAGUUAAAGAAGAAAUUAUUACGCCUUCCGCUCCCGAAAAACCAAAUACACGACGUUCAGGAAAAAAGGAUGAAGUAGUUGUUACUACAACUACAACUCGAACCACAACGACUCGAUCUUCUGUUAAAUUAUUAGAUGGUGUUGUUAAAAACGCCGAAACAUCUCAGACUCAAAAAGAUUCAAUAACUACGUCAUCCACGGUAAACGGUUCAACAAAAACGGUUUCAACUAUUACAAAAAGUGGUGGAGCAGCUACGUAUAUUGCUCAAGAGAAUCGUCGAUUUCGUACUACAAAAACAGUUCGACGUGAAGAAAAGGUAAUAAAAUCGGAACGCGCUGCAGAUGGUACAGAAAAAAUUUAUUCCACAGCAUGCACGGAGGGUAAAAUUUAUUUAAAGAAAAUUAUCAAUACUCAAGUGGGUGAUCGUCGUAAAAAACGAACACCCGUUAAAUAUCCGCUAUGUUCUACAUUCCAAAAUAAGCGUGGACAACGUACGUUGCUGGUAUUACCACAGCAUGAAUUACGGAAAUUAAGCCGUAAAGCUGGUCGGUUCCAAAUUGGUGGUUUCCAUCAUUUAGCCAAAGCAAAUCCAAGUAUAUGGCCAUAUCCAUGUCCGCGACCCCUCUUUAAAACCUGUUGGCUGUAUCGCAGUGUUGGCUUGAAGUCUUUAUCAGCUGCCGCCCUACAAUUACGAAUUUUAUGGACAUGUUUACGAUGGGAUGAUAUGCAAAUGAAACCAAUUACUACGGAUGGUAAACAUCAAAUUACAACGGAAACUGAAAUUAUUUCAUUGGAGAUGUUGAAACAUCGACAUGUUGGUCAAUUUUUGGAACGUACACAAUAUUUAAGACGUAAAGUUGUUAUUCCAUUGGAAUUACCUAAAACAAUUCGAGUAGAAGUAACAUCGAUUCGAAGUGGUUUGAGGAAACGUAAACGACCAGAAUCACCGCAAACAACUGAACCACAAGUAACAGAAGAUUGGGUUGAAGAAAAUAGUUUAGAAUUAUGGGAAAUUAAAUUAUAUGGUGAAAGGCUUGAAAGGGCUAAUGCACAAGUUAUCACUAGGAGUCGUACCGGUAAUUUACCACCGAAUCGUGCUGCCAUCACAAAUGAUGGUACUUCACCAGCUACUGGACCAUCCGCUCAAGGUCUACCAGGUCCUGGCGGAAUUAAUAAAGUCGCUGAUACAGUUAGUAAUAAAGCUACAUCCGAAGAAAUUAAAGAGAAAAUGGAACAACAGCUACGAAUUCAACGUUUGGCGCAUCAACAAAAGCGGGCGUUGGAAAUGAAAGGACAAUCAUCGCCAAUUGUAAAAAUGGUUGCGAACGCAGCUCAAAUUGGUCCAGAUGGCACAUUAAAAAUAGUUAACAAAAUACCAAUGACACCGAAUUCAAAUAGUGUUGGAAAAUCUGCGUUAACAUCCUUGUUAACGUCGAAUUCAACACCUCUAUCAGGAAAUAAAACUUUAAUUGGAACUCGACGAAUAUACAUGACAAAAGGAGCCGAUGGUACUUCACGAGUUAUCACAACACCUACAAGUAUUUUACCUAAAGCGGGUAGUACACCAGGUGGGGCCGUACAAUCUACAUCGAGUCCAUCUAUUAUCAAAGUUCAAACACCUGGCGGAACUACUGUGCAAACGAUUCAAGUACAGAAUCAAUCACAAGGUACGCCAUCUGGAACAGUAAUCCAAUCAAAAUCAUCAUCGGACGUUCCACAACGUGUUCAAAUCAUACGAAAUCCAGAUGGCAAAAUCCAAGUACGAGGUCUAAUGCCUGGUCAACAACUCGUACAAAUGUCUGAUGGAAAAUUACACGUUUUAAGUACAAAUCAAUUGCAAAAUAUUGUGAACUCACCGAAUAAUAAAGUGGUUACAAAAGCAUUAAAUAGUCCAUCAGUGUCGACAGCAUCUUCAGCAGCUGUAUCUACUCCAAAUGUGGUUAAAAAUAGUGCAAAUAAUGCUCCAAUCAAAGCGGCUAUUACACAAGUUAUACAAAGUCCGAAAACACCUCAACAAGUUAUGAUUCGACAACAACAGGUGGUUGCACCUUCAACGAAUACGCCCACAUUGCAAAAGGUUUUGAGUCAACAAACUCCAACAAUACAACAAACAAAUACACCUCAACAACAGCAGGUGAAUGCGGGAACGCCAGCAUUACCAACAGCACAGAUGGUGACCUCGACUGGCCCAGCUGGUAAUGUUAGUCAGAUAGUUGUAAGCAAUCCAGAAUUAGCACAACAAAUAGCAUCUGGUAAAGUACAAGUGGCAACAAUCAAUGGACAACAAGUUUUAAUACGACCAACUGGUAAUAAUCAAGCAACAAUUGUUGCACACUUAAAUCCUGGUCCAGUUAUACAACAGCAACCUCAGCAGCAGCAGCAUCAACAACCAGUUCAAACACCUCAACCUCAAUCUCAACAAGUCACUAAUCAAAUGAUGAGUCCCCAACAAUCAAUGGUUCAACAGCAACAAAUCGUUCAACAACAACAACAGACCACACCAGUUAUUAAACAGUCCGUCCAACAACAGUCUGUUAUAUCAAAUGCUCAAACGAAUUUACAAAAUGAGCCACAGCAACAGAAUCAAAGUAUUGAAGAAUCGCUGUUAGCGGGUCAACCACCAGGAACUGUGAUCAAAUGUGUGACUGCGCAAGUGAUACAAACAACACAAGGACCUAGAAUUGUGUUACAAGGAUUACAGGGCGCUGAAUUUACACCGGAACAACUGGCAUUAGUGCAACAACAAGUUAAACAACAGUUAUUACAAGCGCAAGCUUCAACAGGCAAACAAGGUGUUCUAGGACCAACGAAAAUUUAUUUAGCUGUACAACCAGCAAUUAAAAACGAAAUGGGUGCUGGAGAACCAGCGGCUGCAACACCUGGUGGUACGGCAGCAACUCCUUCCACACCUUUACAAUCUGCAAAUCAACAACAGUUUAAAUCAACCGCUCAACAACAAGGAGGUGUGCAAACAACACAACCGCCACCGUUAACACCGGUUCAGCAACAACAAAAUUUACAAAAUCAACGACUACAACAAAUCGCGGCAAAUAAAUUAAAGACGCCAUUAGGGGCUACGUCAGCUACUACACCAAAUCAAACACCAAUACAACAGAAUACGCCGCAAACUCGUGUCGUUGUAAAUGGCCAAAAAAUUUUAACACCUGUACCUACAAAAACAAUUGGUGAGAGUACGACAACGCCUUUAACGACAUCAUCGUCUUCGAAUACUCAACAACAGACAGCCACAGCCGAAGAUCAAGCAAAAUCAUCAAAUAAAUUUGUUUUAACGCCUGAAUAUAUUCAACAUACCAUAAAAAAUGCUUUAAAACAAGAAAAUUUAAAUCCUGAAAUAGAAGAAAAACUAUUACAAUUACAACGUUAUCAAGAGAGACAGAUGAAACAUGAACCGGAUAAUAACAUUCAACAUCAUUCAAACCAACCAAAAAUACAACAGAUUCAACAUCAUUCAUCGCAAACCCAUCAUCAGACCCAUCAACAGCAUCAUAUACAAUCUGUACGGCCGCCUCAGAGGAAACGUCCACCAAGUACAUCUAAAUCAUCCAACGAUGACGAGGAAUGGAACGAAACACCAACAAAACGACGUCCACCCCCCUCAUCAUCUUCCAAAACAAUUAUACACGAUGUUAAAAUUAAAGAAGAACCAUCCAAAGUGCUACCUGAACCUGUAAAAGAAGAAUCAUCGAAUGCGGCGAAAAUUCGAAAUAAUAAAAUACUGGAAGAAAAACGGAAAGCGGCAACGAGGAGUAAAAAUCAAGUAGUAUUAUUUAGGCAGAAGGAGCAAUUGAAAAAGGAAAUAUUAAAGAAACGAGCAUUAUUAGAAAAAGAAUUACAAAUUGACAUUCAGAAGGAAUUAUCCGCUGAAUUGGCAACACGAACAAAAGCCGAACGUACAAAACAGGAUGAAGUUCGAACGGGCAGUGGGAAACGUAAAUCCAUACCAACGGCGACAACCACAUUGGCACAACAGGCAAACAGACAUUCAGGACGUCCUAAAAAACAACAAAAACAACCUCCACCUGGUAUGCUAUCACCGGGUGGUCCAAAAUCCGGUGGUAAUCGUAAAGAGAAAUUAUAUUGUAUAUGUCGCACACCAUACGACGAAACUAAAUUCUAUGUGGGUUGUGAUUUAUGUAAUAAUUGGUUUCAUGGCGAUUGUGUUGGUAUUACUGAGGAGAUGAGUAAAUCGUUAUCGGAAUUUGUGUGUACCGAGUGUCGACAUGCGCGCGACACCCAAGAAUUAUAUUGUUUAUGUAAACAACCGUACGACGAAUCACAGUUUUAUAUAUGCUGUGAUCGGUGUCAAGAUUGGUUUCAUGGACGUUGUGUUGGAAUUUUACAAUCAGAAGCAGAUAACAUUGAUGAAUAUGUUUGUCCGAAUUGUCAAAAGAAUUCAUCGGUGAAUUUUGCAAAUAUGAAAGAUUUAUCACAACGUGAUUUCGAUGGUUUACGAAAACUAAUCAAACAAAUUCAAAGUCAUAAAAGUGCCUGGCCGUUUUUGGAACCUGUUGAUCCAAAUGAAGCACCUGAUUAUUAUAAAGUUAUAAAAGAGCCAAUGGAUUUACAGACAAUUGAGAAUAAAAUCAACGAUCGUAUUUAUAAUAAACUAAGUGAUUUUAUUGGUGAUAUGACAAAAAUAUUUGACAAUUGUCGUUAUUACAAUCCAAAGGAAUCUCAAUUUUUUAAAUGUGCUGAAUCAUUAGAAGGUUAUUUUGUAAAUAAAAUUAAAUUUUUACGUGAGAAAUUA